CUUCUUCUUUACCCCUUCAAAUCCACUCUGUUCUCUCUCACGUUAGAAACUCUGUGUGUGUGUGUGUGUAUGUGUGUGUGUGUUUUGUUCUUCAGGUCUGGAUCAGUUCUGCAGGUUUGAUCAGUCUGAUCCCUGUUACGCAUCUCUGGGAGACAAACUCAAUCUGCUGAUGGUGCUGGACGCUAGUAAAUAUUACCUGAAGAUACAAAAGGGAAUAAACAGCAAUCAAGAUGAUCCAGUUUGUAGAGUAAAGAAUGACAGGAUGAGGAUGAAUGAAUGUGAUCUUUAUAAUAACAGAACUGAAGUGACAGUCAUUAAUGGGACUCUGAUAAUAAACCGUGUGAUCAGAGCAGAUUCAGGGAAUUACAGAUUAACACUCACUGACUCAGACGGCAGAGAAACAUCUAGAUAUCUUCAGGUCAUUGUUGAAGGUCUGGAAUGGUUCUGCUGGUUUGAUCAAUCAAAUCCCUGUUACGCAGCUCUGGAACACAAACUCUAUCUGCUGGUGGUGCUGGACGCAAGUGAAUAUGACCUGAAGAUAAAGAGAAGCAGAACAGACAAUAAUCCAGUUUGUAGAGUAGAAUAUAGCAGCAAGAAGGAAUGUGAUCUUUAUAAUAACAGAACUGAAGUGACAGUCAUUAAUGGGACUCUGAUAAUAAACCGUGUGAUCAGAGCAGAUUCAGGGAAUUACACAUUAACACUCGAUAGCUCAGACGACACAGAAACAUCUAGAGAUCUUCAAGUGAUUGUUGAAGCUCCUAUUGGCUCAGUGGAAGUGUCAAUCAUCUGCUCCUCCAGUGGGGUGAUGAGGGUGUUCUGCUCCUCUGAGGGGGAUCAGCUCCUCUACAGCUGGACUCUGAAUGGAGAUCCACUGAUGGAUGGAAACAGCAGCAUUGUUCUGGAUGAGGGAACUGAUGGAAACAUCAGCUGCAGCGUGAAGAACCACGUCAGUCACGCACAGAAGACCAUUAGACUCGAACCCUGUCCUGCUGUGUCUGUGGUGUUUGUGCUGGUCUGGUGUUUCCAGCUGAUGGUUCUGUUGGGUCUGUUAGGAGCUUUUCACAUCUACAUGAGACACAGGAGAGAAACAGGAAGAUCAGAAAGUGAGGAAGAGAAGAUUUAGAGAAGGACAUGAACACACAGCAGAAGAUUCAUGAGAGCAGAUCAUCACAUCUAUGAGAAACAACUUCAUAAUCUCACAGAUUCUCACAUUAAUUCAGCUUUCAGCUGUUGAAUAAAACCACGAGAAGAAGCUUAUAAAAUCGACACUGAUCUUUACAUGUGUUUAGUUCUUGUAGAAUAUGUUGAUAUGUUUCUGGACUUUGUAAGCAUUAUUUCUGUCAGGUCUGAAUAAGCUGCUCAUUAUCAGUUUUAGUUAUGAAGUUCUUUUUUUACUAUUAUUGUUUUUACAUUUGUAUUUGCAUCAGUUUUAUUUAUUAGUCUUUAUGCUUUGAAUGAACUAGCAGUAUUUUUAUUUUAUUACAUGAAACACCUUUUGUUCAUUCAUGACAAAACUCUUCUGGCAGAUUGUGAAGUUAUUCUGUGUUUGUUUUCCACAUCUGGAAUCAUUUCACAUUUCUGUUCUUGCUCUUUUACUUUUUCUCUGUUGGUUUCAGUUGAUUUCUUUUAAUUUAUAUUUUUUAUUUAUUUAUAUGUUUUAUACAAUAAAAACAG